CUCUGAUGGAUUCAAGGUGCCAGAAGGGCUACCACCUCCGGCUGUCCCCAAGGCUGUACUGGCUUUUUGUUCUGGGCAUCGGCUUCUUCACUCUCUGCUUCCUGAUGACGUCUCUGGGAGGCCAGUUCUCAGCCCGGCGCCUGGGAGACUCGCCCUUCACCAUCCGCACAGAAGUGAUGGGUGGACCUGAGUCCCGUGGCAUCCUCCGCAAGAUGAGUGACCUGCUGGAGCUGAUGGUAAAGCGCAUGGACACGCUGGCCAGGCUGGAAAACAGCAGUGAGCUGCACCGGGCUGCCGGAGAUGCACACUUUGCUGCCGACAGGCUGUCCCCAGGGGCCGGCCUCAUGGAGCGAAUCCAGGCCAUUGCCCAGAACGUCUCUGACAUCGCGGUGAAGGUGGACCAGAUCCUGCGCCACAGCUUGCUCCUGCACAGCAAGGUGUCCGAAGGCCGGCGGGACCAAUGUGAGGCACCCAGUGAUCCCAAGUUCCCCGACUGCUCCGGGAAGGUAGAGUGGAUGCGUGCCCGUUGGACCUCUGACCCCUGUUACGCCUUCUUCGGGGUGGAUGGCACCGAGUGCUCCUUCCUCAUCUACCUCAGUGAAGUCGAGUGGUUCUGUCCCCCGCUGCCCUGGAGGAACCAGACAGCUGCCCAGACAGCGCCCAAGCCCCUCCCCAAAGUCCAGGCAGUUUUCCGGAGCAACCUGUCCCACCUGCUGGAGCUGAUGGGUAGCGGGAAGGAGUCCCUGAUCUUUAUGAAGAAACGGACCAAGCGGCUCACGGCUCAGUGGGCAUUGGCUGCCCAGCGUCUGGCGCAGAAGCUAGGGGACAUCUGGAGGGACCAGAAACAGAUUCUGGUCCACAUCGGCUUCCUGACAGAGGAGUCUGGGGAUGUGUUCAGUCCACGGGUCCUGAAAGGUGGACCCCUGGGGGAGAUGGUGCAGUGGGCAGACAUCCUGGCUGCGCUGUAUGUCCUGGGCCAUGGGCUGCGUGUCACGGUCUCCCUGAAGGAGCUACAGAGUAACUUAGGGGUGCCGCCAGGCCGGGGCAGCUGCCCACUCACCACGCCCCUGCCCUUCGACCUCAUCUACACCGACUACCACGGCCUGCAGCAGAUGAAGCAGCACAUGGGACUGUCCUUCAAGAAAUACCGGUGCCGAAUCCGGGUCAUCGACACCUUCGGGACGGAGCCUGCGUACAACCACGAGGAAUACGCCACGCUGCACGGCUACCGGACCAACUGGGGCUACUGGAACCUCAACCCCAAGCAGUUCAUGACCAUGUUUCCUCACACCCCGGACAACUCCUUCAUGGGCUUCGUGUCUGAGGAGCUCAACGAGACGGAGAAGCAACUCAUUAAAGGCGGCAAGGCCAGCAACAUGGCCGUGGUCUACGGCAAGGAGGCGAGCAUCUGGAAG